AUGGAGCUUGAUCAUUUACAACCAGAUUUCAAUCCAUCAUCAGUUAAAGUAUCAAAAUUAAGAAAUAUAUUAAACUUACAUAAUAUCCAAUUCCCAAGCUCGGCAAAAAAGACAGAACUAGUUGCUAUUUACAAUAGCAAGAUUUUACCAAUUAGAUCAAAACUUUUGAAUGAUUAUACAAAUCAAUUGAAAAAUUCAAAUGAUAGAAGUUUUAUUAACGCAACAUCUGAUGACAAUGAUGAGGAUGAUCAAGAAGAAGAUUUAAAUGAUACUACAAUCAAUGGUAAUAAUAAAUCAGAGGUUAAAAGUCCACUGGUUGGUGAUAAAGCUACUAAAUUAAAAAAACUGCCAGAGGUUAAAACUGAGAAUGCAAAAAUUAUCAAGAAAACUUCAAGUAAAAGUAAAAAACAAGUCAAGAGCAGGAAAGAUGAAAGUUUUGACACAAAAACUCCGAUCAAGGAAGAGACUUUAGACAAUAAUCACGAGGAUUCUGAAAUUGAAAAUUCAGAAGUUGAGGAAAAAUCGUUUACAAAUGAUAACGUUUUUCAAAAAAGUCAUAACAUUGAUGAUAAAUCUAAAUCAUCUAAAAAAAGAAAACAUAUAGAUGAAACACCUGCAUCAUCGUCAUCAUCAGCUAAAAAAUUAAAAUCACCAUCAUUGCCACCAUCAACUACUAAAAAAACUCCAAAAAAAUCAAUAUUUGAUGAUAGUGAUUCAGAUAUUUUUGAAUAUUCAAUAAUGAAUAAAACUCCUUCGAAAGACAAUUCUAAAAAACUUACUAAAAAAUCAUCAGUUACUUCAUCACCAGUAGAAAAUGAAAGAACUUUCCAAUCAAUUGAUGAAGAAGUUAAUAAUUUUGAUAAGCAAUUGAAUAAAAUCAAACACAAGGAUCAAUCACAAUUAUCAUCUAAUUCAACUCCAAAAAAAUCAGCAAUUAAAUCACCAACUCAACCAAGCUAUCCUUCUAUUCCUAUGGUUGAUAAUGCAUUAGCUCAACUGUUGGGUAUAACUAUACAGGGUUUUCAACCUCCAGCUGUCGGUGAUUAUUUGUCUACUCAACAACAUCAUACACCAUCACAAUCUCAUCAUCAGCAACAAAAGCAACAACAGCAACAACAGCAACAACAGCAACAACAGCAACAACAGCAACAACAGCAACAACAGCAACAACAUUAUAAGCCGCAACAAGCUCAAGCACCACCACUUCAAGCAUCUCAAAGUAGUUGUAUCAACAAUGUUUUGAAUAAUGAACAUGAUACUUCAACUGCAAAAAUUUCUAGUGAUGAAACCAAAAGUACUCAUCAAACCCCAAAGGUCAAAAGUGAACCAAAAGAAUUUACUCCCUCAACAACAUCAUCAGCUAAAAAAAUCGAAUUAGAAAAAUUAAGAAAACCAUCAACUCCUAAAUCAACAACAUCAAGUACCAAAAAGACAUCAAGAGUUAGCAGUGCCAAAUCCACACCAAAAUCCGAAAAAACUACCCCACAGAAAACUCCUGCCUCAUCAACGAAAAGAAAUAUAACUCCCAAACCAACAAAUGAAUUACCUAAAAGAUUAAGAACUCCAUUGACUAAAGCUUCAUUAACUCCAAAACCAAGAUUAAUUUCAAUAACUUCAUCUAAAGCAUAUCUGGAUGAUGAAGAAGAAGAACAAGAGUUAGUUUAUUUAGAUCGUAAAGAUGAUAAAUCCAUUGAUCAAGAUGAAGAUGAUUCUACUAUUAUAAAUGAUGAAGAUUCCAUAUCAAAACCAACUUUUGCAUCAUCAAUUAAAUUUUCAAGUAUAUUUUUAACAUUUUUAUCAUGGAUCUUUAUAGUAGGAUUUGGAAUAUUUGGUUAUUGGUAUUAUGAACAAAAAUUUUUGGUUGGUUAUUGUGGACAAGAAAUUGAUCAAAUAACAUUUGAAGAUACUUCAUAUCCUAUAUUAGAUAAAUUAGGAGAUUUUUUAGAUACUUAUUGUAAACCAAAAUGUAUACCUUGUCCAUCAAAUUCAAGAUGUUUUUCAAAUUUAGAAAUUGGAUGUUUUGAAGAUUUUAUGGAAUUUAAACCAUGGUAUGAUUUCUUGGUUCCUGGUUAUAAAAAAUGUAUACCAGAUACUAAAAAAGCUGAAAAAUUAGAAAUUAUGAUUGAUGUUGCAUUAGAUUUAAUUAGAAGUAAAAAUGCUGCAAUAAAAUGUGGUACAAGUACUAAUGAUUUUGAAAGUGGUAUAUCAAUUAAUGAUUUACAUGAUUUAUUAUUAUCAAUGAAAGCAAAUUAUAUAACUAUUGAAGAAUUUGAAGAACUUUGGAAAAGAUCUUUGGUUGAAUUAGAAAAAGAACCAGAUAUUAUAGUAAGGCAAUUCGAAUCUACAAGUUUAUCAAAACAACAACAACAUUCCAAUUUUAACAACACUGAAAUUGAGACAUCCCAAGAAAUUAACAAAAUUUUUCGAUCAACGUCCUUACAAAACAUUAAUUUAAAAUGUCAAUUACAAAAUAGUUUAUGGCAAAAUUUUAUAAUUUAUUAUAAAUAUAAAAUUUUAAUUAUUAUAUUAACUUUAAUAAUUUUAAAAUUUAUACAAUAUAAAUAUAAAUUAUAUCAAUUAAAUAAUAUUAAAAUAGAUAUAAUAUAUCAAGAAGUUAUAAAUAAAUUACAAAAUCAAAUAAAUUUACAAAUUCAAAAUCCACAAAUAAUAAAUCCAUAUAUUGGAUCAAAUCAAUUAAGAGAUUUAAUAUUAAAUAAUGAAAUUAAUUUAACAAAAAAAUUAAAAAUUUGGCAACAAGUUAUUAACAAAGUUGAAAAUAAUUCAAAUAUUUUAAGUAAAAUUAUUGAAGAUCAUGGAGAAAUUAUAAAAGUUUGGCAAUGGAUUGGAAAUAAUUAA